AUGGAGUAUGAGGCGUUAUCGAAGACCGUUGAUGCGUCAAAACCUGCUUUCAAACCGCGUACAGUCAAGAAGAAAGCUGAGGGAACAGAGGCAUAUCGGGAUCGUGCCUCCGAACGACGCCUCGGCCUCGACAGCGACUACGCACAAGUUGAAGCGCUUGCGGACGACUUCGAGCGCAAGAAUGCGGACAAUGCUGACCGCAAAGCGGUGGAAGAACAACGGCGUUACCUAGGCGGGGACAGCGAGCACACAGUGCUCGUCAAGGGUCUGGACUACGCGCUCCUGGAGCAGGCUCGCUCGCGUGUGGCUGCGUCCACCGCCGCCGAGGACGAUGCUACGCUCGAGCAGGCCUUCCUUGAGACUUCGUCUAGCGUCCCCAAGAAACGCACGCGUGAGGAGAUCGUGCAGGAGCUUAAGGCCAAGCGGGCCAAGAACGAGGGCAGCGCAGAGCCUGCACCACAACUGCCGGGCGCGGACGUGCCACUCGAGGAGGCUAAGAAGGCGGGAAAGUUUCGGCCGAUUGGGUUCAAGCCCGUUGGCGCGGGCGCGGGCGAGAAGGCGAGGAAGAAGAAGGCAAAGAAGGCGGGGGGCAAGGAGGGAGAGGACACACAGAAGAAGACAGUUAAGAGGGAGGCCGCUAUAGCAGAGGCGAAGGCCGAUGAGGAGCUUCCUAUACCUGAGUCAUCUCCAGCAGAAGCGGGUUUGUCGCAGCCCGUGGCCGCUCCGCCUCGUCCGCUGCUUCCAGAUCCAGAGCCGAUCGACGACGAUGUCGAUAUCUUCGCCGACGCGGGCGAGUACACCGGCAUUGACCUGGGCGACGAUGACGACGAGAGCGAUGGGGAAAUCAAAAAACGGCCACACGACGAAGACACAGACCAAUUGCGGGACGAAGAUGCAGAGCAGUCGCCACCAACCGGGCAGUGGUUCGCCACGGAUGACGGCGACCGCGCAGCGCGCGCCAGCUCCUCAAAGUCCGAGGCACCGCCCGAGCCAGCAUACGCGAAGGCUAGCCCCCCACACAGUUUCGGGCCUCCACCAGAAGCACUAGAGGACGGCGAAGAAGAGGAAGACGAGCGUCCGAUGCGCCUGCAGCCACUCGCAUCGUCUGCGCUGCCGUCAAUCCGGGACCUUCUCGAGAUGGACUCUGCCGCGGGUAAGAAAGACAAGUGGCGCGCGAAGAAAGAAAAGAAGAAAGAGAAGGCACCAAGCGGAGAGGGUAAAGUGGACAAGGACAAGAUUGACCGGGACUACAAACGUCUGAAAGCAUAUACGGACAAGAAGGCCGCUGCUGGUGGAGGCGCGGCGAAAACGUAG